AUGCCUCCAGUUGACACCGUUGCGAACGAAGCAGCGGAUGCAUCCGCGGCUGCGAGUUCCGAACUUCUGUCUGUCGUCUCGGCUACGAAUGCACAAAAAGCAUCUUCUCAUGACGAAAGCACUCAAGUUUCGACCAUUUCCUCGCAACUGGCGGUAGACGACGGAGCUGAAGCCGCAGCCAAAGUGGCACUCACAUCCGAGCAACCGGUAUCGGCAGCAGAGCCGUCCGCUCGACCUGGUCUCGACGGCUGCAUUGAGAAACCUCGUGGAGAACUGGCUGGGCCCAAUGAUUGCACUUGUACUGCAAACCCCGGGACCGAAAGUCAGCCAGGCAGAGAUGUUGUUCGUAGCCCAGCCGAAUGGCCCGCGAGCGAUGAUGCCCUCCUCCGUGAAAAGAUACAGCAAUGCCCCAGGAUGGACUGGAACCAAGUCGCUCUUGCUUUCCAAGGCAAAUAUACUGCAUCCGAGUGUUCUCAGAGAUGGCGACAGCUUGCUGGGCGGCGUCAUCUAAAAGGGGCCUGGUCGCCCGAAGAGGAUGCGCGAAUCAUCGAUCUUGUCCAGAAGCUCGGCGAAAAGAGCUGGAGUCGCUUGGCCACCUUUCUCGAGGGGCGUACGGGUAAACAAUGCCGAGAGCGCUGGUUCCACCAUUUGGCCCCAGGCGUGAACAAAGCGCCAUGGACAGAAGAAGAGGAGCGCAUUCUUCGUGAGAAACACGCUGAAUUUGGCAAUCGGUGGGCGAUGAUUGCCCGUUUUCUUCCAGGUCGAUCAGACAACACAAUCAAGAAUCACUGGAACGGGACAAUGAGACGUGAAAGAAGCCGUCAAGAACGACUGAAGCGGCGCGAAGAGAUGGAGAGGCGCAAACGGGAGAAGGAGCAAGAGCGUCAACGGGCGAAAAUGGAGAGAGAAGCGAAAAAACGUGCUGAAACGGAAGCGAAAGCCCGGGCUUCGUCCGAGCAGCCCACUGGAAAGCGUGCGCGAGUUCAUGCUGAAAAUUCUCAGUUACACACCGCAGCUUCCAAAGAGCGCAAGCAGGUUGCUUCGGCCAGCGCCCUUCGAGAUCUUAGUAACUUGCCGGAACCUGCGAGAAAUGUGCAUGUUGACACGCACCCGUUUCAAGCUGAAAUGUUCACACCAAAGGCGGCGCGUGCUGCCCCCUGCGCGGAGACCGAUGCGGAUUGGUUGACCUAUUCAACACCCUUUGCGGCAUAUCAGGGAGGACCCUCCAUCUCUUGCGCUCUUCCGAACACAGCGGCAGCUCCAGAACAAUAUAGCCGCGUUCUACAUUCCGAAAGACGCGCCGGUCCAUCGCUUGCAGGUGCGGCUUCAGCUGGGACGAUGAUGUCUAUGCCAUGCAGUUCGGCGAGCAACACAGGUAUGGUGCAUCCACACGGUCCCGCUUCGUGCUGGACUCCGGUUGCCUUUCCUGGAAACUUGACGCCAGACGCCCUUUUGAAUGAGAGCUGGGCAACGAGCGCGAAUCUUACCGCAUACGGUAUCCUGGAUACGAGCUCGGGGCCCUUCAUGGCAUCGCCGGUCGCCAUGACUCCGAGCAGCAUGGCCGCAUUCUCAGCAGUCGCAGGUACGCAUCUUGGGAUAUUUACACCAAAUCCCUCACGCGCGAUGGGAUUUGCAAUCGCCCCAGGCUCCAGUGCUCCGCAAGAGAAGCCACCAUCGACGCCUCUUCGUGUUGUUGCUGGAUCGUUUACGCCCAUGACGCGUUACAUGGAUGUAAGCGCCGGCUGCUCAUCGGAGCAAAGAGAGCGCGAAGCUGCCCAGACUUGCGGGCCCAUGGUAUCCCAAAACACGGCACAUGGAGACCUCAGACAGGCCGGUCCAUCCAGUGCUGGUGAUCGGAGCAUAAUUUCAGCGGAAUUCGUUUCGAAAACGUCGGAUGAUGCCAUGAGGCCUGUCACUGGUCCAGAAGCGCGUGUUCGCGAGAUGCCCGUCCAUGCUGGUCGUUCAGAUGAGAGGCAAACUCCGAUCCGUAUGCCGCACUUUGGCGCAAUGGUAGGCGGCCGAAUGUCGACGCCACACCCGUCCUCCUUGGGUCAAGCGCUGGAUGCCUCGGAGGGCUUCGAGAGCCAUGCCCAAGCGCCAGCGUUGAGUUCUGGCACCCACUCGACCAUGCUGCAUGCUGGCCCGGCUGUGAGCGGGCGGCAGCCGAUACCACCACCUGCCCCAUCUGGCAAGCCCUGGUUCUCGCCUAUGUAUGGAACGCGGCCACUGAGUUCCCCGCAGCAUCCCGGUAGCCACAGUCACGCCACUACAGAUGCAUCACGGCGAUUCCGGGGGUCUACGUAUCAUGUUUCCUUUACCACGAACAAUACUGGAGCUACGAGCGCCUCGACGAUCGGUGGAACCUUCACGGGUACUGCUGCAAGCCGCCAUCGAUCCUUGCUCAACUGGGGGCACGCCAGAGACUUUCCUGAAGCGCGGCAAGCAGUGGCCUGCAGCCCCUCCGCACUUUUAGUGAACACACCCGCAGAUGGCCAAGCACGGGUCGGAAUCGAUUCUUCGGCAUACCGGGCGAGGUAUCUGGCCCGCGUUGCUGAGCAUGGCCUUUCAGCGGAGCGGACGCAGCAACCAGGUUCGAUAACCUGUGCUACCGACCAGGACGAGCUGAGCAGCUCGUGGGCUCAUCUCCCGUGUACGCCACUGCCCGCGACACCGCUGCACAGCCUGCUCCUCUCCGAGAAGGCCUUCGAACAUAUCAUGCCAAGCGAUAGCGGGAAUGACUUUCUUGGUCCCGCACGGCUGAUGGUGAGCAGUAGCCCCGCUGAACAUAGGCAACCGUCACCGGUGGCGCAUUCGAGACCGGGAACGCCCGUCCAGAGCCUUCGUGAAAGGUUCCUUCAGCUGCCGUCAGAGCCGCCGACUUCUCCCGGAGAGAUAUCCGCUUUGCGAGCUCCGGACUGGGCACCAGGCGCCUCUAGUCCGCGCGCUUCUCCACAUGGUGCCUCAACAACGAGCCUACCCAAAGAUAGCGACGAGUGGCCCGUCGUAACGCCGCACACUGGUGGACGCGACGGCGAACCAAAGUCACCGCGGCACUGGCUCCGUUCGAAGCCAUGUACAAAAGUCGGUCCCUGGCAGCACCAGGUGGAUGCAAGUCUCAUGACCGAUACACCGCUUCGAGAGUCCGCAGAUCGCUCCGAAUAUCGCUAG